AAUAAAUUCAGAAAAUAUUAAAAUUGUUUUAUUGAAACAUUGAUUUGUUUUAGAAAACUAUUAAAAAUGAAAUUUUUAGUCUUUGGAGUCCUAUUCCUGACCGCACUCUACGCUUCGGAUGCAUUCACUAUAAGCCGGGCUAAUGACGAUCCCAUAAAGGAUGCGUUGCUGAAGGAGGUGUCGGAGCUCUUGGAUGAGGCGAUUAAAGCGAUCGACACUUUGAAAAAGAGUGGAAAGGAUGAGCUGAGGAAAGGACUCACGAAAGCUAUUGAAAUUACUAAAGAUAUGGAAACUAAGCUCAAGACACUGAACCCAACCACUGAUUUGGGAAAAGUGUUGUACAAAGGGAUCGACACUCUGGUGGUUGAGGCGGAGGCGUGGCUCGAGUCGGAGCUCAAGAAUGUUCCCCCGAAGGAGGCCAACGAUGAUAUCAAGGAUGUAGUCCUCAAACAAGUCGCACAGAUCUUAGACGACGCGCGCAAAGCCAUCGACACUCUGAAGGCCUCCGGAAAGGAUGCGCUCAUCAAUGGACUCAAGAAAUCCAUGGCUCGAGUCGGAGCUCAAGAAUUCGCACAGAUCUUAGACGACGCGCGCAAAGCCAUCGACACUCUGAAGGCCUCCGGAAAGGAUGCGCUCAUCAAUGGACUCAAGAAAUCCAUUGCUUUAGUCCAAGACAUGGAGAAACAGUUGGCAGACCUGCACCCAACCACUGAUAUGGGGAAAGUGCUGGUGGGAGGCAUCCAAAAGUUGGCCAAAGAUGGUGAGGCAUACCUUCAGGACGAGCUCAAGAAAGUGCCCCCACAGUAA